AGCGGAAAGUUCCUGGAAUUUCCAUAUUCGUAUUUACACGCAUACACACUUUCCUAUUGAUAUGUAGUGUUGUCGUGUAGUGUACCCAUAGACAUACAAUAUAACAGUAUUAACAGUGUCAGUGUACCUAUCUAUAGAUUAGUAGGGUGUAGUUGUAUACAUUGUAGUAUAAGUUAAGCGACCGUGGUUUAGUGCGCAUUUCAAAUGCAUGGGGUAGUGAAUUGGUGUUAUUUACAUUGGAACCUAAAAUCAAAAAUAUAAAACUUAUUAUUUGAACUUGAACUUGGAUUUCACAAGGUGUACUGAUAUUACUGAUGUGACAUUAAGCCGUUUCCCGCGUUUAAUGAUUCUGAAGUAAGUAUGUUUUGUUUAUGAAUCAUUUGUUGUAUAUCUAUACUAUGUUCCUAUGGGUAUGUUUAGAAUAAGAUGACUGGAAGUGAAGUGCUGAUUGUAUGGAAAUUAGAUAGUCUCAAGUCUUUAAAUUGUUUUUCAUUUAUGUUUUGAAGAUUUAAAAGUCUGUUUUAUUAGUGCAAAAGUGUUGAAUACAUUAAUCGUUUGUAACCAUGGAUUCUGACAGUUCAGAUAGCGACGAUGUUCAGAACAACCACAAUCACCAGUUUAACGCUGAACAAACGGAAGCAGUGGUUAAAUGCGUCUUUGAGGUAUUAAAACUUAUUAUUAAUGUGUCAAAAAAGAACACGAAAAGUAAUAAAGAAGUUAUGAAACCCAUUCGAAAAGAAAAAAAGGCAAAGCUAAAAAUGUCCGAAGUUGCUGAUGUACAAACGCAUAUUCGCGCAUUGUGCGGCACGUUCAACAGCAUAGCUUCCUCAUCGAGUUGCCCGCAAGUAGAGGUUCCUGGACCUUCUAGACACAGUGAAGCGGUUCCUGGAACUUCUAGACACAGUGUAGCAGUUCCUGGACCUUCUAGUAACAGUGUGGCAGUUCCUGGACCCUCUAAAGUCAGUGAAAUAAUUCCUGGUACUUCUAGACACAGUGACGCGGUUCCUGUAUCUUCAAGAUACAGUGAAGCAAUUCCUACAAAUGCCAGACCUGACAUCGAAACAGUUCCUGUAUCUUUAAGUCAUGGCACUGAAAGAGUUGUACCGGAAAAUUGUAGUUUUAAAAAACAAAGCGAGGUCAUUACAAAAAGACGCACGGACACAAGAGAAUCUUUACAGAAUCAUACAUUCGUCUCUGAGACUUUUGAAGCAGGUCCUGGACCUGCUACAAGUAGCACAAUAGAUGACAAUGGAACUUCUGGAAAUUGCACUACAGCAACCUCUGGUAAUUCUAAAACCCAUUUGGAAGCUGGUUUAGGAUCUUCAAGAACUCAUUCUGAAAAAAAGAUCCCCGUAUCUUCAGAAAAUCAAACGGAAAGAUCAGAAUUUUCUACAAGUAAUUCUGAUGUAGCAGAGCCCAGAACUCCCAUUAAAAUAGUUCCUGAUAUUUCAGGCAGUUCUACACAGACAAUGUCUGGUACUUCUAAAAAUCCCUCCACCAAGACUCUAGAAUCUUCGAGUAAUAACCAUGAAAAUGUAGCAGAAACUUCCAAAAGUUUUAAAUACUCCGUCAAGGAAACUUCCAAAAUUGCCACAGAAGCACGUAAUAUCGUAGUUACUUCUGGAAUAAUUCUUGAAUCUUUAAAACAAAAGAUGGAAACCGAGGUAUCUGGAACUCCAGCAAUCCUCUCUGACGUAGCCAAAUCCGGAACCUCGAGGCACACUGAAGUAAUUGCUCCUGAUAUUCUAGGCAGUUCUACAAAAACAAUGCCCGGAACUUCUAAAAGUCCUACGGAAACAGGACCUGCAAUUUCAAAAAAAUACCGUCAUAAAGUUGUAACUGAAAUUUCUCCUAGAUUCAACGAACCCGUUGAAGAAACUUCAAAAAGACGCCCAGAUAUAACAAACCUUGUAAUUUUCAGGAAUGACACAGAAUUUAUGGUUUCUGGAACUACUGGAAGCCGCACUGCCGAGCCUGAAACUGCUGCAAGUCGCACAAAAGAUCACCAUGGAACUAUCGAAAGUCGGACUAAAGCAGUCUCUGAAAAUUCUGCAUAUCAUAAGUUAGUAGGUCCUGCUACUAAAACAGUAAUCCCUGAAACUUUCAGUUAUUACGCUAAGACUAUGUCUGGGACUUUUAGAAAUAAUUCUAAUACAGAACUACAUAGGGUUUCAAAUAGUAAGGCAGUUACAGAAUCUUCUGAAAGUAACAAUAUAACUGUUGAAUAUAAUUCUUUAAAUAGAUAUGACGAAAUCCCACCUAUAGAAGGUAAUUUACAGAUCUGUACUAAAAUUAAAGUUGCUACCACAGAAAGUGUAGAAAUAAAUAAUAAUAUUGAAGCAACGAAAAGAGACAUGGAAAAAAGGAAGAGUACCAAUUCAAUUGAUGAUGAGCCGAAAAGAGCUAGAAUUGAUGAUAAAUGUACUUUAUGUGGUAAAUCAAUCGAUAAUGAGGAAUUUACCAAACAUUACCAGAAGCAACACGGCAUGCACCAUGAAAUUCAACACAAUAACAGGAAUUUCGAAAAUAAAAUCCAAGACUUAGACCGGAGACUGCAUGACACACAUAAAAAUAACACAAACAAUGAGCAAAAAAAGAAAAUAACAGAUGAUAGCAAAAAAAGAACGACAGCUAGGUCAUCUUCUGAGCCGAACGAAGAUACCAAACAAAUUGUUGCUAAUUCAACACUUGUUAUAGUCACGGACAGUGACGUAGCCAAAAAACUUGGAUGUAAGAAAAAAAGAACAUCAACAAGGUCAGAUUCUGCACCAAUUGGACUCAUCGAACAAACAAGUUCUUCUCCAACACUUAAAAGAGAGACUAACCACAUUACAGAUUUGGAUUCCUUUGUCAUUGACUUGACUGAAGAUAAUAACAUUGGAGAGUCCAAACCAUGUACAGAAAUAACAGUUACCAAAUGCAGUCCGAAAACUGCUGAUGACGACCAAAUAUUGAAUGAUAGCCAAUUUAUUUAUCCUAGUGAUGAUACUAGUUUAUACGAGAUACCUGAUGAGAAAGGAACCAAAAUCGCAGAGGCUUUACUAUUAGAAAAUGUAAAAGAUGAAAAAGCUGCCAACAAUCAUUUUGAUAGUGAUAUUGAAGUGAUAAGUGAUGUCAUUCCUGCAUUGUCAAAUAGUAAUAAACCGUCUGGUACAGAAAGUCACACAACUGCUAACCAAAGCUCCGAUCAAAUAGUAGAAGGUAUCGAUCAGCGUGAUUCUUUAAAAAUACAAAAUGUCAGUGAAGAAAUUGUGUCUGAAUCAUCCGAAAGAGGAAUAAGAGUAGUCCCUAGGUCUCCAAUAAGUAACACAAAAAUAAAAGAUGAAACUUUCGGAAAUCUCUCAGACCUUGGAACUGCUAGUCACUCACAAGCUUCAAAGCCGAAAACUUUCAGCAAUAUAACAACGGUGAUGUCUUCUGGAAAUCCUUUAAUUCGUACAGAAGCGGCUUCUGAAAGAGCCGAAAACUGCAUAAGAUAUAACCUUGGAAAUUCGGGAACUAUCAUUAAAAAAUUAGUACAUUCGGGAAAUAACUCAAAAGAUGUACCUGCAAUUUCGCUAAAACGUGCACAAAAUAAGCAAAAAGUAGAGCAGCGUGACUCUGAAAAACAAAUUAAUAAACCUACACGCCAAACACCUUAUGAAAAGCCUAACAAAACUUCGUCAUAUACUGACAAAAUUAUCAAUGGACCAACUGCUACUAACGCUACGAAGUUACCUAAAGUAUCAAUGCUUAAUGCCACAACUACCAUAACAACACAACCAAUUAAAACAAAUAAAUGGUUACAUUUUGCUGAAAAUAACAGUUUAAAUAAUCACAAAUUAAAUAUUAACAAUGCUUCGACUGGAACUAUUCUCACGAGAUUGACACCUGAAGUAUCUGUGUCGAGUCCAAAUUCAACAAAUGUCACAUCUAAAGUACUGAAUGAAGCAGCUAUACAGCCCAAUUCUGCUAGGCAGCUUACUUCCAACACUAACAAUAACGCAAACAAAUUGAAAACUACUUUUCCUGGGCUUUCUAUCACCGUCAAUGAAUCUAAAGAUUCUGUGCCAAGUUCAUCUAUUUCUAUAUCUUUGCCGCAUUCAACUACUAUCACACCAAUACCAGUGACGCAAAUAGCUAGUCAAUCGUCUGUUGGAAAACAUAAUACCAAUGCUUCGACAGAUGUAGCCCAAUUGAGUACAUCUUUACGUCCAAUGCCAAACACCCAAGUGAGUCCAAAUAUAACUACAUCUCUUUUAGUGCAUUCAGCUUUAAAGCAACAGUCUCUACCUCACAAAUUGCCUAUUUUUUAUAAACCAAAACUGAAUGCCGUAACUCAAAGAACAUCCAAACGUGCUUCUAAUUCCGCCUCAGUUUUGCUCCCAAGUCGACACUCAAACACAAAACCAAGAGAGCAAUUACUGACUCAAGAGAAUCCUGCGAAUGUACAAAAUGCACAAAUCCAGCAGCCUGGUUUACCUGUUAUAAAGUCGACCCACCGGGGUCCCGUGUCAUCAAUAUCACAUUCUCGGGAUUUUUCUCGAAAUACUGAAAAUAUCUUACCUUCUAAUACUAAUCCUACUCCAUCUACUAGUAGAUCAACACCAAAGCAACACCCAAGUACACCAGUACAAGCAAACACAUCAGUAUUUCAGAACACUCUAGCAACAGCGGCUCCUGGCUACUUUACACAAUCAUAUUACCGUAAAAAAUCAAACACGGCUGUUAAUGUACAGUCUCCUCAAACACGAUGGUAUUCACCAUUUUUAGUAGACGCACACCGGGUAGACGCUUCGACACGGGAGCUAAACACAUUUAGUUCAAAUAUAGCUUCAAGAAACAGAAACGCAAACAGAUCUUCCACCGCGGUAAAUACUCAUAUUGCUCAUCCACAAACACACAGCUGGCAUACACCAGUUGAACCGCAAAAUGCUCAAAGCGUAGCGGAAAGAACUCUAAGCAAUUCGAACCGAUCUAUAAUAAACCAAAGACCAACAAACAGCCAAAGAAUAAACACAACUCACUCUUCUUCAAAUUCAAGACAGCCAUAUCUCUUCCCCAGACAACCUUCCAGAUUGUUAGACCAAAGACCACGCUCAAUUCAAAACGGUCUUACUUGGCAUACACCAGUCCGCGAGCCUAGAACAAAUAAUUAAUAGUUCUUAAAAUAAUUUAUUUUUGGGCCCGUUGCGAAAUGUAAUUUAAAGUCCGAACCCGCUAUGCAGUGUCGGCCGAACGAUAAUUAGAAUUGAAAAUUAACCAUUGCAAGUUAAACCGUAUAACCGUCCGUUAUGUUCGUUACGGCCGCUAUGUUAUAUGUAGUUGAAAUUUUCUGAGAUGAUUCUUUCGACUCAAACCCUUAUCUGUGAAACAAAAGGCAUUGUUUCUUUUAUGCAGGCUGCUCGAAGCAAGUCGUUUAAAAACCAACUAAGUAUCGUGUUAGUAUUGGGAUGAAAUGCAGCACUACAGCAGCUUUUUGUUGAAUUUACGUAACAUGAUGACCAUGCAGGUAUUUUUUUUGGAGAUUUUGAAACUACACCUUUUGUUCUCUCCAAACCACAUAAAUAGGAUGGAAAAAUGGCUUCUUAAAAUAGCUUGUUCACUUAUGACGGGGUAAUUGUCAGUAGCAGUAGUAACCACUGCAUAAAAUAAACAAUACCUUUUGUUUCACAGAUUUGUGGUUUAAACUCUGAGGUACGAUUUUAUUAAUUAUAGAAGUUCUGAAGCCAUGACAA